UGUGCCUGUUUGCAUACACAGUACCACAGGAAGGGAGACCUGUCACAGCAUGCUGUCAGCCACACUUAAAUUAUUUUGUGGAACAUCUCACCAGCACCUUCAGAGAAUGACAGCUUUAAAAAGAACAGCUUCCACUGUUAUUGGGCACAAAAUGAUGCAAAUUCAUUCUGGAAUGCGCCAACAUAAUUUGUCCAUUUGGUCUUAUAAUCUACAAUGCAAGUGCCAGAAUACCAUGGGCUGUAAGAAGGAAGACAAUCAGAACAUAGGCAUACUAUUUUCUGAAAUGGAACUUGCCUAUGUGAAGCAAGGUGAAGAGGCCCUCUGGAAAGCUUUAAGCAUCCUGGAACAGCAGGACGGAUGGCAGGUGGAAAUUAAAGAGGAAAAUGGUGACAAUGUCUCAAGUAAGUGGCUUCCUGGAGUUGGGAAGGUCUUCAGAAUGGAAGCCAUUUUGGAUGCCCCCACUAAGCAGCUUUAUGUGGAAUUAUUUGAUCAGCUGGAAAAGAUGGAUGAGUGGAAUCCAAGCGUGAGACAGAUACAAGUUCUCCAGAGGAUUGGAAAAGGUACUGUCAUAACUCAUGAAGUUGCAAGAGAGACAGCUGGGAAUCUUAUUAGCCAGAGAGAUUUUGUCAACAUCAGACACUGCUGGCAACAGAAUUCUACCUACUUUUUGGCAGGCUCUGCUACACAAACCAAAUCAAUGCCACCGCAAAAAGGACUUGUAAGGGCAGAAGCUGGACCCUCCUGUGUUGUUUUGGCACCCAUGAAAAAUGACAAAAAUAAAACCCGCCUGACUUGGUUGCUGAGUGUGGACUUGAAGGGAUGGUUACCAAAAUCACUUAUCAAUCAAGCUUUGUCUCAGGCUCAGGUUGAUUUCAUCAAACACCUGCGUCUGCAUCUUUCGAUUCCACCCAGAACUGCACUGCUCUAAACACAAGACACCUCUUCCAUGAUGGCUUUAUUAUGUCACCAAGAAACUAACACAAGCAAGAUGACAAACACUACUAAAAUAUUUAACUCUCAUAUUAAUAUUCUAUUCUAUUAUAUGUGAUUCAAAGCAAUAUUUGAGCUACUGACUACCCCAACCAGCUCUCACUGUCUAGGGAAAUGUUUUAGUACAAUUCAGUGCUUCUCAAUGUCCCCAUAUACUACAGCCAUGCAGUCGUUUUCAAACCUUCUGUUGUCACAAUCAUCUCUUAGCUUAUACUCCUUAGUUGAUAUAAUUCCCUCACAAUAAUUAUCCAGAAGAACACAGUGGGAGGAGGGACCAACCGUGUCAUUCCAUUCUGCGGAGAACCAUAUGGAAGGAAAGUAUAUUGCACUGCACUGAAGAAUAUCACACAAAACCAAGUAUCAUUACAUGUGAAUAAUAUAAUGUCCCACUGUAAAGGCAUGGGUUGAAAAAAUGCCAUAAUAAUGCAGGUCGCAAGCAAAAUCUUCUGAAGGAGGUGAGAAGAAACUCCUAUACGGAGAAAAAGGCUUUCAAGAAUACAGUGUCUAUAACCCAUGUGCCUUG